AGUUUUUUUUACUUUGCUUCUUCCUCUUUUAAGUGUUUUUUUUCUUUUUUUGCAGCAGACGAGUGUCGCAUCAUCCUAUUUGAGGAACCGAUACCAAAUAUGGCAAUUAAGGGACAUGUGAUCAGGAGUGGUGAAGUCCUUAGUGAGGGGAGCUGUCGCACGAUGUGUUAUAUGGAGCCUAACUGUGUUUCCAUAAAUGUGCAACCUUUGCAAGGAGGAAAGUACAAAUGUGAGUUAAAUAACGCCACAGUUGAUGAAAGUAAACUGACCUUCCUUCAGGAAACGGAUGCUUACUACCUAGCUAUUGAGGUAAAUGCUUUACUUCAAGUUAAGUUUCACAAGAGAAGAAUUCAAAGACGCAUAAUGAACCGUUUCUUUCUUUAACCCUUUAACUCCUAUGAGUGACCAAAACAGAAUUUCUCUUUACCAAAGCAAUACAUUAUCAAACAGACAAGUGAUGAGAAUAAAAAAAAAAUCCGAUAGAGGAUUAUUAGUUGAUUCAAUACCAAAUUCUCAGAACUAACAUUACAGGAAUUGUAUGGCAGACAGUAAGGAGAAUUACUAAUGGAAUCUUAGGAGUGAAAGGGUUAAGAAAUCAACGAUGAAAAAUUUACCUUUUGUUGAAAAAGUAACAUGUACACCCUUUGUCAGAAACUCGUCUCUUCGAAAAGAGCAUCAAGUUGGAAUUCAGGAAAUUUAAAUGAAUUGUUAAUGAUAUAGGUGAGGUUGAGGUUCCCUCAGAAAAUAACAGAAAUUUUUUUACUUUAAAUUUCGAUCUACCAAAACUGGCAAACAAUUGAAACUACAUAUCUGAUGACUUAUAUAUUAAGGAAAGAAUGAUUCACCCCAAGAAUUAACAAGAUGCUUUCCGGUGAAACAGGCAAAAGCCCCUCCUGAUUCCUCAUAAUAAAGUUCAGGAUUAUAGUUUUGACGGUAAACUAUUACGUUUGUUAGGCCAAUAAAAUAAUUUGGCAGGAAACAAUUUAAAAAAACCAGCAUAAUCACCUAAGUUUGUAAUAUGAAGGCUUUCUAGGAAAUUCGUUUCUAAGAUUGUGUUCGAGGAGCGUUGGUGUUUACCACAUGUACACAUGCUCGGAACUUAAUCAUUUUAGACCAGCAUUUUUACUGCUUUUCCUUCUUCCAUCAAAAUCUGGCUUCACACCUUUACGUCUUGUUCAAUGUUACUCCAUAUACGUUGGAUAUAUUUGUUCUUUUGGGAGGAAACCCAGCCUUAUACAAGCCUCGUCAUACACAUUAUAAUUUAACGUAGCAUGUCAUGCUUCCUUAUAAAUUUUUAUUGUAAUAUGGCAAAUAUGAAUAAAUAGAUAAAAAAAAUUUUUGUCUUCUUUUUUCAAUCAGAGCGUCAUUUUUUCUUCUCAACAGAAUCCCUGUAGUAGCAGCCCCUGUGUGAAUAACGGAACUUGCCAAGUUGGUUUCACCAGCAAAGGGUUUCGAUGUGUUUGUGUUCCCGGAUAUGCUGGAGAAAACUGCAGUGGUAUUUUAAAAUUUGUGAUUUUGAAAAUUUAGUUGGCCCUGAUUUGUGAUCAACAUAUAUUCUCAAAAUAGAAGAAAAUUUGUUGAUGUACACAAAAAGUCACUAAGUCCUCAAAACUCAUCAAACCACGAGAAAAGUCACGUCAACCUCCAUAGUCGCUUGGAAUCAAACUGAAAACGUCAACCCUGUCAAAUUGAUUCGCCUGGCAUUUGUCAGUGUAACCAACGCGUGACUACAUAGUUAAAAGAUUAUAUUUAAUCACAAAUGCGAGGAAUUAGUUGUACUCGAUCACUUCGUCUUCCGCAGACACAGAAUUUUCAUUUGGAACGAUGAAAUGGGCUCUUUCUGAGAAUCACUCACAGGCUUAAAUUUGUUCUCACGAGACUGUGUACUAUGGCCUCUCCUACUAGUACAUAACAUAUAAUUCCUCAACCAGGGAAAUGUUUCCGUGGCAUUUUUCUGAUACCCACUUGCACUCAAAGUGGAGAGAGAAAACUUUGAGAGUUCAGAUGGCUGAGUCGAUAUCUUCCUUGUUUUUUUAAAUAAAAAAAUUCCUCAUACAACUUGGCCGACUUCUCACUCUAAUGUUUCAUUUCUUUUCAUAGUUUUAUCAAAAUCUUGCAGUGACUUAAAGAAGCUUGAUCCUAAGGCAAAAAGUGGAAUCUGUCUGAUUGAUCCAGAUGGUGAAGGAGGAUUGCUGCCUUACCACGUCACCUGUGAUAUGAGUGACAAAGGCAGAGUUGGCGUGACUGUCAUAAGUCACGACAGCGAGAGCAGGACAUUGGUGAACGAAAGUGAAGGCGAAGGAUCCUACUCUCGCGACAUACACUACAAGGAAGCAAACAUUUCUCAACUGGUGAGUCUUAUCAACGUUUCCCUGCACUGUGAACAGUUCAUAAAGUACGAGUGCAGAGGUUCUACAUUGACAGAUGGCUUUUGGGUUUCACGUGAUUCGAUAAAAAUGACAUACUGGAGUGGUGCGGCACCUGAAAGUCACAUGUGCGCAUGCGGAAUGAACGGCACAUGCGCACGAACCAGUGGGUCAAUAACAUGCUCCUGUAACUGUUGUGCGAAUGACGGUGAAUGGCGAGUAGAUAGUGGUGUCCUUACCAACAAGACACAUCUACCGGUUAAACAGCUCAGGUUUGGAGAUACAGGUGUGCAUGACAAAGGAAAGGAUUCAGAAUUUGACGAGCAGGGUUACCAUACCUUGGGCAAGUUUAAGUGUUACGGAAUAGCCUGA